CGGCCGCAUAUCACUUCUGCAACUCGACGGUUUUUUGCCCAACGGCCGUGAAGCUCACCGCAUCCGAGUUGCCAGCUCGAAGAACGCAUAUUUUUGCGCCCUGGACUGUUCGUCCCACCCACAAAACCCAGUCAAAGGCCAUACCAGUUCACCCUCAGAGAGGCCACGUUCCCCGAUAAACUUUUCAGCUUCCAAAACCAAAACCAAAAGAUGAAGUUCACACACCUAGCGCCCAUCGUGGCCCGACUUUUUGGCGCCUGCCUGGCCGCCACCGCCGCUGCAGCAUCAUCAGACCCCACUACCUCGAUAACAAUCUCGAUCCCGUCGUCCCCUCAGAUCCCUAACCCGUACACCCUACCGCCGUCGACGCGGGCGACGCUGACGUCGUCGGGGCCCGGCAGGCAGCUGCACGCACCGCUGUCCGCCGCAAACACGUUCGUCUUUGCCAACGUCACGGCGGGCUCGUACCUGCUCGACGUGCACUGCUCGACGCACGCCUUUGCCCCGCUGCGCGUCGACGCCGCCCCCGCCUCGGACCAGAACAGGAAGCUCGCUGUCGCGGCGUGGGAGACGUUUCGCGGCAACGACUGGGGGAACAAGGGCGAGGCGGCCAGGAGGGUAGACGUCGGCGGAGGCGUCGCGGGGUUCGAGGUUAGGGUGCUGGGGAGGAAGGAUUACUUUGUCGAGAGGAGUACUUUCUCUGUAUUUAGCAUCCUCAAGAGCCCCAUGAUCCUGCUUGCGCUCGUGAGCAUGGGCAUCUUCCUUGGAAUGCCAUACCUGAUAGAAAACAUGGACCCCGAAGUCCGUGCCGAAUUCGAGGCCCGACAAAAGUCCAGCCCCAUGAAUGCUAUGCUAGGCGGCGGUGGGGGCAAGGAUUCCAGCCCCCUAGCCAACUUUGACAUGGCCGCCUUCCUCGCCGGUUCGGGAAGUGGCAGUGCCGGCAGCAGCAGCAGCAAGAAGGAGGAGGCUCCCCCGGCGCCGCCCAGCGGCGGGAAGAAGGGCAAUGGUGGCAGGAGAUGAGAUUUUUCAUGUGGGGUAGCGAGAAAGGGGGAAGAUGGACUGUGUGCUUGGAGGGGGGCUGGAUGCGGGAGUGCUGCAAUGGAAAGUUUGUGUCUUGAAUGCAUACACACACACACGCAUGCUGAGGAUGCUACCCGUGCAUACAUUCAUACGAAUAGCAUACUACAAUUAAGAAUGUAUCUUACACUGCAGUCCCGGGACAGUACAGCAGAGAGAGGACACCACAUCUGGAUGGUAUGGUGGUUUCCAGAAUUGCCGACAAGGGUGGGAAAAGCCAAAGUAGGUGGUACAUGAACAGCUCUAGCGUCACAAGGCGAGGGACAAAGCGUGGCUAUAAUAUUAUCAAAAACAC